AUGGCUGAACCCGAGGUAGCGGCCGCCGCAGCCGCGGCCAUGGAGACCGAGGCCCCGGAGGCGAACCCUAGCCUGAAGAGGGAGCGGGAGGAAGGGGACGACUCCGGCCCGGUGGCUGCGGCCGAGGAGGCGGAGGAGGCGCCGGCCAAGAAGGCGAAGGUGGAGGAAGAGGCGAAGAAGGCGGAGGAUGUCGCCGGGAACGGGGAGGAAGAGGGGGCCAAGGGUGAGGAAGGGAAGCCCGUCAAGCUGGGGCCCAAGGAGUUCGCCACGGCCGUCGACAUGUUCGACUACUUCUUCGCGCUGCUCCACUCGUGGUCGCCGAACCUCGAGUUCAACAAGGUGAGACCGUCAGCGUUAGGAUUCAGCCAAUCGCUUGUGCCAUGGUGA